UUCCAACUCGUGAGAAAACAAUGAAUUCAGGAGGACACGCUCUUCAGCUACAUGAAGCCAAGGCCAUUAAAAGUGAUCCACAAUCUAAGAAACGGGUAUUUCGAGCCUAUACAAUGAUGCUGGAUUUUUAUGGAAUAGAAUUUACGAAUCAGUACACCGGGGAAUUGAAACGAGGCAAAAACUGGGAAGAAAAAGCUAAGUCUUUGAACAAAUAUAUAUACAAUUAUCUAAGGAUUACCCAGAUUUUGAAAUUUCUUGGUGAAGUGGGUUUUGAAGAAUUGAAAUGCCCUCUGGUGGAAUUCCUCCUUCUCGAAUGUCUGAAAGAGAGAUCAUUGUCUUAUGCCAACAUAGCUCUCAAGGAUUAUUGGGUUCAUGUUCUACGGAACGAGGCAGAUAGAACGUACAUAUUACGUCUCCUCGCCCAUUAUUGGCCCGAUAGAGACAAGCUGGAGCGAUGAACUAUCGAACACAACUUGAAACAACGACCUAUUUUUUUUUUAAUUCAUGGAAAGAAAAAUAUAAUGAUGCAUACUUAAAAAGUCAGAUUGUAUGUUAUAAGCAACAAACCAUACAAUAUUCAAGAUAAGUACGUGUUUGCGAAUUUUAAAAUUUCUUUGAUUUGCACGUGUUAAAAGCAUUCUUUUAUUUGUAUUUCACAAGUAAAAACUAUUACACUUAUUUAUUGUAGUAUUAUGAUAAUCAUACGUUAGUCGUUUUUGGUUAUAUCAGGUCUGUCGUUUAACGUAACUGUAUGAACUCAACAAGUUGAUUAUAUCAUCGUGUAAAUUGACAAUAAAAGGAUCUUUAAGUUUCAAGUUAAUUGACGGAGUUCAAAUGUGCUGACAAACACAAACUUUCAAUUUCCAAAACCCGGUUAAAACAUCUACAGAGUAAACGUAUUAGGACAUUCGAAUUCCGCCCUUUUCUCAGAAAUAUCUUUUAUUAUCACAAGAAACCCACUUCCAGUGCAAGAUAUAGGCGUAAACCUAUUGCAACAAGAAUGAAAACAUGACGAACUUGAAACGCAGUAACUUUGUACAAAACAGAUAUACUUCAUCUUAUAAUCAAUACCAAAAUAACAUCUUUAAAUAUUACUUUGGUAAGUACCAGUCUUAAAGAGAUGCAAUGAAACCACGCAUAAUCUAAAAUAAGCUACUGAGUUCACCAACAAAUAUAGAUCUGUUUAAGUAAGAGAUUCAAAAAAACGUUUUCUCCACCUUAUUUUUAAAAUAAUUGCAUUAUAGAGGAAUGCUUAAAUUCAUAACAUAUUUCAAAGCUUCUGGUGAUUAUAUUAUACGUAUUUUUAUUUCAAAUCAUAUGCAUACAGAAAAACAACAACAAAAACAGCUAAACCUUAUAAAAUUCCCACAAUUAAAUGUUCACUAUUAAACACUAAAAAAUAUCAUGUUUUGAAAUACAGGGCUCUGUUUUAAUGACAUGAACAUAAUUCAAUGAAGUAAAACCCACAUAGAGAAUACACCAAAGGAACUAACUAUCAACAAAAGAAAUCAUCAAACAUAUUUUUCCUGAAAACAAAACUGAAAAGAAUGUUUGAGUAUUUAAAAUAUUUAACCGAAUUAAAAAUAAACAAACAAAAACAGAAUAUUUAUUUUUAAAAAAUGGAUCACUCUUGCCCCUCACUAGAAAAAAAUAAGAGGAUAAGGCACAUAUGAUGCAUAUAGAGGCACCCUCCAGUGGCACAGCGGUAUGUUUGUGGACUUACAACGCUAGAAUCCGGGUUUCGAUACCCAUGGUGGGCAGAUCCCGGAAAGCCAACUGUGUAGCUUUGUGCUUAAUUACAAACAAACAAACAUAUAGAGGCAGUCUCAAAGUUUUCCGUCUGUGGAAACUUUGUAUCCCUGGUCUAGUUCUUUAAGUGGAACAGGUAUUCAUAAGAAUAUAUUGUUUGAGUGUAAGAAAAUGAAAUUAGAGAAAUUAUUACUGAUGUCAGUUGUGAUUGUACACUCUGUAGUUGGCAAAGUGGACAUUGUUCAAAAGGUAUGAUUAAUUAAUGUUGUGGAUAGUUACGUACAAAGGCAAUAAUUAUGGUUGAAAUAUGAGAAAUAGGGACUAUAAGCGCUGAGCCUAGAAAAUGUACUUUUCCAAGACCAUUGUCCUACUGGAUAUCCUUUGUUAUUCAGGUAAUUCAUUGUACCUAGAAUAAAUAUGCCUUAAGACAUUUCUGUGUGUGGGUUUGUUUGUUUACAUUAAGCACAAAGCUACACAAUAGGCUAUCUAUGUUGUGCCUACCAUGGGUAUUGAAACUCUGUUUGUAGCGUUAGAAUCGCCAGACUUACCGCUGUUCCACUGGGGACUUUUGUGUGGGGUGUUAUCAGUAUCAAAAUUUCAAUGUAAUCAGAAUAACUGCUACGAAAUAUAUUUUCGCAUGUUAAUACACUCACUCAUCUUUUCCUCUCCAUCAAAAUUUCUCAUUCGUGUGUCCUAUUUAUUUGUUUAAGAGCAAAGCCACAUCUGACUAUCUGCCGUGUUCACCGGGGGAAAUGAACCCCUUAUUAUAGCGUUGUAAGCUCGUGGACUUACCGCUGUCCUAUCGUGGGACUAUGGGGCUUAAUAAUUUGGUUUAAUAUGUGAAAAAGAAACAAACAUUUGUAUUCGACCGACAAUCCUAGCGAUAACUAACAGCAAAAGAUGGAAUACUUUAUAUAAGUAUAUAUCUUGCUUUAUUGAUGCUGAAACAAUUUUUGUAGUGGGAUACUGAAAACCAUUGAGCUAAAUCGAAACUCCUGUAUACGAUUAGAACUAUGCAUGCGCAGCAACCCCGUACAUUAAAUCAGGGGUACUACUACAUCCUCAGCACCCCUAGUUCCCGCUCCCUUGUCUUGUUUUAUACUGCUGUUAAUAGGGUAGAUAAACCUCAGAAAUAUAGUGUUGUGAUGAAGUUGAAGAAAAUGAUGAGAACAACUGUUUGAUGAUUGAUAAGCAACUGCAUUUCUAUUACAGAGUCCGUAAAGUUUUUGUCCUUUACAAUACUGACCAGUCAACAUAAGACACAAAAGUGGUGCUACAUUCACGCGUGAGUUUAAUUUAAAAGAAUCUCGCAGAGUACACAUAGUUUCUGUCUGAGCAAAGGGUAUAUAGUGGUUUAUGAAUACAUGAAUUGUAUGAUCUAUAGAGAAAAAUUAUGGCGGCAGAUUUUAUUCAGUUACUGAGAAAAUAAAAAUGCAGUUUUACCUUAACUGACUCGUCUUCUUGCAUUACAGAAAUGAAACAUAUAAAUAACCGCUAGAAUAUGCAAAAGUGUCAGUUAAGUAGUAAACAUUUUUACAAGAGAUGAAUUGAUUAAAAUAUUAUUUAUUUAUUUUUAAUAAGAUACAUCAGUUAUACUUUUAUGUUGUGCAAGUUGGCGCCUGUCUUCUUUCAGAUGAAAUAAAACAACGUCAUGCUUCU